AUGGCAUCCACCGAUAAGUCACCGGAACCAACACCAGCAAAGGGUUCAGAUCCAACUCCAGGGGAGGCAAUGACUAUAGGACAGCACGUGGUUGACAAGAGUGCAAUGAUGGUUCAGAGUUUCAAACCCAUAAAUCAGAUGAGUCAGCACGUGUGUACCUUUGCAAUGUACAGCCAUGACAUGUCUCGCCAGAUUGAAACUCAUCACUACUGUUCUCGUCUCACCAACCAAUUCCUUCAGUGUGCUGUUUAUGAUUCCGAUGACUCUAACAAAGGUCGUCUUAUAGGUGUUGAGUAUAUCAUUUCUGAUGAUAUCUUUGAAACUCUUCCUCCUGAGGAACAGAAGCUUUGGCAUUCUCAUGCUUAUGAGAUCAAAUCAGCUUUGUGGGUGAAUCCUAGAGUUCCGGAGAUGAUUGGGAUGUCUGAGCUUGAAAACCUUGCCAAAACCUAUGGGAAAUUCUGGUGUACAUGGCAGGUUGACCGAGGGGAUAGGCUUCCACUGGGUGCACCAGCCUUGAUGAUGUCACCGCAGGCAGUGAGACCAGGGUUGGUGAGGCCAGAGUUGCUGCGUGAGAGGGAUGACAAGUAUAAUAUAUCCACAGAAAGCAUAAAAAAGUCGAGGGUUGAGAUUCCAGAGCCAGAGAUGAUCAAUCCAUUGGCCGACUAUUGGAAGCAACAUGGCAAAGGUUUUGUCAUUGAUUUUGAAGAAACUGAAAUGAAAAAAAGGGCUCCUUUUCCUUGA